AUGCCUGAGAUCAUAGAAAAUAGCAGCUCAGAGAGCAAUAUCCCGGCUCCUGGACCUGUUUCUAUCUUGAAGAAUGAGACACAAAAGUCGUCCGACUCGCCGCGGAUUGUCCACCCUUCCGGACGUAGUGGUCAUGGCCGGGGUAUGCAAUUUCUGCGUGGCCUAGCGUUCACGUUCUACUUUACCUUUUGCUGUCUUACGAUUGUCGUGACUCAAUUCAUAGGCGCACCGUUGUACUUCUUCAACCGCGAGUGGUUUUAUGCCUUCAUGGCCAAGACAAAGCAGUCCUUUGCGCUUACCAUUACCGUCAUGACCCAUAUUUGGGGUCCUGCUACGAUUCGUAUUAGUGGUGAUGAAUCUGUAGCUGGACAGAUUUUGCCUACCGCCAAUGGUGGCGUCGAAUUCAAGUUUCCAGAACGCAUGGUCAUGAUUGCCAAUCACCAGAUUUAUACUGAUUGGCUGUAUUUGUGGUGGAUCGGUUAUGCAAAUCGGCCAGGAAUGCAUGGUCACAUCUACAUCAUCCUUAAGGAGUCUCUAAAGUACAUUCCGUUCAUAGGAACCGGCAUGAUGUUCUACGGAUUCAUCUUCAUGUCCAGGAAGAUGGCCACCGAUCAGCCAAGACUGGCCUAUCGAUUGAACAAACUCAAGCAGAAGAAGGUUGACCCUCUGGGCAGGAGUUACUUUGACCCCAUGUGGCUCCUUUUGUUCCCAGAAGGGACUAAUCUUUCGAGAAAUGGCCGGAGGAAGUCUUCUCAGUGGGCAGAGAAGAAUAGCCUGAAGGAUCCUGAUCAUGUCAUGUUGCCCCGAAGCACUGGCAUCUUUUUCUGCCUCAAAGAACUAAAAGAUAGCGUGGAAUAUGUGUACGACUGUACCGUCGCGUACGAGGGAAUACCCCGAGGAAAGUAUGGAGAAGAAAUAUUUGGACUUGCGAGCACCUACUUUGAAGGACGACCCCCAAAGUCAGUCAACUUGUAUUGGCGGCGAUUCCGAGUAGCAGACAUCCCCCUCGAUGACCAAAAGGAGUUUGAUCUUUGGCUCCGCGACCAGUGGUACAAGAAGGAUGCCUUGAUGGAGGAGUACCUUAACAAAGGACGCUUCCCACCUUCUCCCGAAGGCAAAGUCCGGUAUGUUGAAACCGAGGUCCGGACUCGUUUUCCCUGGGAAAUUUUGCAGAUAUUCACCGUUGUGGGUAUCACUGGCCUACUGUGGCACAACGUGCGGAAGCUUCUGCAUACAGUCUCAGCAAAGGUUGGAUUUGCCGUGUAA